AUGGCCGCGGAAACACCAGUGUCGUUCCACAUCCCCACUGUCGAUCUAGGUCCGUACCUGGCCGACCCGUCUUCAGAGGAGUCGGCCAAGAUUGUCGAGCAAGUUCGACAGGCUUGCAUAACCAGUGGUUUCUUUCAACUCGUUGGCCAUGGAAUCUCCAAGGAAUUGCAGAACCGCGUGCAAAAGGCUGCCGAAGCGGUCUUUGCCUUGCCGCUGGAGACAAAGAAGAAGUUGAUGCAUCCCAAGCUCAAGAACAGAGGCUACGAGAUUAUUGGAUCCCAGGCCCUACAAGAAGGUGCACUUCCAGACCUGAAGGAGGGAUAUUACGUUGGACAGCAUAUACCUGCCGAUGACAAGCGGGCAACGCUUCACCCUCAUAUGAUCGGAGAGAACAUAUUUCCAGUAGAGAUCCCGGAAGAGGUUCUUAAAGCGCCGACAGAGCAAUACUACUCGGAAUGCCUGAAUUUGGCCCAUAGUAUCAUGGAAAUUCUGGCCAAGGGCCUUCCGUACGGCGAAGAUAUUUUUGUGCCGUUCAUGUCGAAUGACCCAGUCUGCUCGAUCCGACUGCUGCAUUACCCACCUCAAAAGUCUACCGAUGCCAGACAGCUGGGUGCUGGAGCCCACACAGAUUUUGGCGCCAUCACACUGCUAUGGCAAGACAUGUCUGGUGGCCUUGAGGUAUUGAACGAUGCAGCCAACGAGUGGGUUCCGGUCCCACCCAACCCCGACGCCUAUGUUGUGAAUAUUGGCGACAUGUUGUCGAUAUGGACCAAGAACGCGUACAAGAGCGCUAUGCAUCGGGUGAUCAACAAGAGCCAAGGAGACAGGUACUCGGUACCGUUCUUCGUAGAUGGCAACACUGAUGUCAAGCUCAUACCGUUUGACGGAAGCGCGCCACUCACGGGCAAGGUCAUCACGGCAGAGGAACACAUGCUGGAGAGGUUCGGAACGACAUAUGGCCGGGCGAAGCAGACGGCCCAGGUAGCCUAG